AUGCCUGCUGAGGUUGAGAGUGUGAAACCCUCAAGCCCCCGUGAGUCCAAGAGAAUAAAUGGCAUUCCAGUCUACACCUCCUCAUCUUUGGCUGAGAGUCUUGAACAUGUCCGGCACUUUGCUGGUCUACCUGCUGCCUCCAUUCCAGAACCCUAUAGAGUGAUUCAUCCUUCUGAAUCCUCGAGUGAAGAUGAAAAGAUCCUUGCUAAAGUCUAUGGUAUCCAACCUCAUGCAUCUACGGAUCCGACAGUUGAGGCCACAGCACAUCCUGAUUCCACCACCUUCAAAAUUAGGGAGAUUACAAAUCUUCUUGGAAGCUCGUCUGCUAAUGUUUCUGAUUCCAUUCAUUCUGUGACUCCUGUCCAAUCCCCAACCAAAGAAACUAGAAGGUCAAAAAGGAAGAAUAUCCCUGUAAAAGUUGUUGUUGAGACUGAUGAUCACAAUGCUAAUGUGGAUCAGCCUGAGAAGAGAAGGAAGUCCAGUGAGACCAUCAAAUCUGAAGCCAAUCCUCCUAUCCAACAAGUGUUCAAGACACUACGGUCUUCUGUUAAACAAAAGGGCUCUACUGCUGUUCAACCUGCUGUUGUUCCCGCAUCCUCUGCCAGAAAGGGGAAACCAUCCACUCGUUCCAAAGGUCGAAGCAUAACUCCUGAGGUUCAACCGGUUGAAGGUUCUGACACAUCUAUUUACAAGCCUCGGUUUGUAUCCCCCACUGCUCAGGGCAAAUGGUCCACCAUGGUCAGAAGAGACCUUAUUGUUCAAAGGUCUGUUGAUGAAAACCAGCUGAAUUCUGUGUGUGAUAUUCUUCCACUGCUGAAUGAAGUGGGGCUGCUGAAGACUGUCACCUCCAUCUGUCCAUACUCGAAGCUCCUCACUUUUGAAUUUUACUGUAAUAUCAAUGAAGAGAUAGACAUCUUAACUGGGCCUCGACCUAUGCAAAUCUUCAUUCGAGGGAAAUGGUACAUUUUUUGGCCUGACAUGAUCAAUGAAUAUUAUGGACUGACAGCUGUACAAGAAGAGGCUAUAAUAGACUGGAAUUUGGUGGCCAAGACUCUAACAGGUGGACAGCUUGAUACAUGGCCUACUACUGACAAGGAUUAUCUGCCAAGCUCUCAGCUCACCUCCAGAUAUGUCAUUAUGCAUCGUCUUGCUCUACACAACUGGCUUCCUUCAGCUCACUUUCAUACAUUGUUUGCCCCCUCUAUUUCUGAACCUGAUACGGUGGCUGAUGAUUCGCCACAUGCAAGGGAUCUUCAACUCUCCAUUCAGUUAAAGGCAAGGGUCUCUGAGCUUGAGACAGUUCACGGUAUAAUUGCUAAACAACUGACAGGGGCCCGUACUGAGCUGGCAACCGUUCUUCUUCGUUUAAGCCUAUAUGAAUCUGCUACUGCUGCUGAACCUGCGAAGUCCGACAGUGAAACUCCCUCCAAUGCUUGA